AUGGUUACAAUGAUGAGAUAUCAGAGAGUAAGCCCAGAUUGUCUCCCUUUACCCAACGGCAAGAAGCCCACCAGCACCGUCGGCACGAGCGGCGACAACGGCCGGUCAAUCCCAAACGGAGUCAGUUCAUCCUCCGCAGGUUACGAAAUCAAAGGGUUCAGAUACAGAUCGCCGUCCAGAACGCAGGAUUUUCACCACCACAGCAGCAGCAGCAAUGGCGGCGUCGGAGUCGGGAGCCCGUCGCGCUCCGACUACGGGCCGAAUCAGAGCCACAAACGAGAGGCGAGCCCACCCAGCCGGGGCGGGAGCGGCGAUAUGUUGCUGCAAUGGGGUCAGAAGAAGAGGGCGAGGGUAUCCCGGUCGGAGAUCCGGGCUCUAACCGAUGAGUCCUCAUCUUCCAGUCAAGCCAGGCAGCAACAAGCCGUCGCCAAUAAGGUCCCCAGGAGACUAGACGAGAGCAAGCUGCCGGGGCCGUCUAUGCCUCCUCCGCCGCCGCAGGCGGCACUACAUCCACCGCAAACGACCAACGGCAGAGGAGGCAACCUGAGGAAAGAAACCGCCGCUCUCCUCACGCAUAGGAAUUUGGAAAAGCGAUCUGCUGGGAAUGGGUCCCCGUCUCGGCCUAGUACUGGUGGUGGAGGAAGUGGCGGUGGAAGUCGGGUGGUUUCUAGAUCUACUACGGCGGGGAAGAGAUCUCCUCCGACUCCAGACAAAGUUGAUAAAAAGGCUCAGCACCAACAGCAGCAGCCCACCUCUCGGUCUAGCAGGGACGAGAAAUUGAAUGGAUCAGCAGCUGCUUUGCUGCAUCAGAACCACCACCAAGCUGCAGCUACUGCUGAUCAUCAUCACCAUCACGGGCACGGCCGCCACACAGAGUCAACUUCAGGCCAGUUGGACCAUGGUGGUGCAGCUGCGGUUCAUAAUAACACAGCUGCAGCUCCGGUUGCGGUGCCAGAAGUGGUGGAGUGGCCGAGGAUUUUCCUCUCGCUGUCGAGGAAGGAAAAGGAGGAUGAUUUCCUGGUAAUGAAAGGCACGAAGCUUCCUCAACGGCCCAAGAAGAGGGCCAAAAAUGUUGAUAGAGGCCUUCAGUAUUGCUUUCCAGGGAUGUGGCUGUCUGAUUUGACGAAGAGUAGGUAUGAAGUAAGAGAGAAGAAGAGUGUGAAGAAGCAGCAGAAACGGAGAGGAUUGAAGGGGAUGGAGAGCAUGGACAGUGAAUCAGAGUGA